AUGGAUAUUGAGGUCGCGACUGGUUCUGGCAAUCUCUAUCUUGAAGAAGAUGAGGAUUUAGAUUUUGAGGAUCUAGCAGAAAUAGAGGAUGACAUGAAGUUUGAUGUAUAUUGUGACAUGUCUGUAUAUGGACCUGAGUGUAUUUUGAUGCAAGACAGAAGAGUGUUCGCCUAUGUUUCGAGGCAAUUGCGUCCUCAUAAAGUCAACUACCCGACACAUGACUUGGAGUUAGUCACGGUGGUGUUUGCUCUUAAGCAAAGGAGGUGGAUUGAAUUCCUCAAGGACUAUGACUUCACAUUGUCUUACCAUCCUAACAAGCCAAAUGUGGUGGCCGAUGCAUUGAGCAAGAAGUUAUUGCACAUGGCGGCAAUAAUGGUGAAAGAGAUGGAGCUAAUUGAGGAGUUUCAGGACAUGAAAAUGGCUAUGAAGCAAGGGGAUGAUUUCCUGCAAGGCAUGAUGAGGCAGAAGAGUAAGGGGAAGGACUUGGAGUUCCUCUGUGAUGAGAACGGGGUAAUCAAGUUUCAAGAUUGUGUGUGCAUUCUCCAAGUGGAUGAGUUGAAACAAAUGAUACUUGAGGAGGAAUCUGGGGUGAGUUGGGAAACUACCUUGGAUUGUUACAACCUUUGGAGAUCCCCUAAGUGGAAGUGGGAUAACAUUUCCAUGGACUUUGUCUCUGGCUUGCCAAGGACCAGGAACAACCAUGAUGCUAUUUGCGUGAUUGUGGACCGAUUGACUAAGGCUGCACACUUUCUUCUGAACAACAUGAAGUACAAAUUAGAGAAACUAACAGACAUGUAUGCGAGGGAGAUAGUCAGGCUGCAUGGAGUGCCGAGUAAUGUGGUAUCAGAUAGAGAUCCAAGGUUUACUUCGGGAGAGCUUAUAAAGGGCGUUAGGCACUAA